CAUUUCCGCAACCCACAGCUCCUGGCCUUGCCUUGGCCCUUGCUGUGCCUCUGAUGUGGAUAAAGUUGUAGGCCAUACCGGCAUUGCUGUUACCUCAUGCUGCUUCACCCCAAAAUAGCGAGGCUCUCUUGCUGCAUGCUGGACUUUUAGGACGACUGGAGUUUGAUAUCAUGAGCAGUCUCUCCGGUUCGUUGCUAUAUGGACCAGAGAUAAAUGCUUCGGGGUUGAUGUCGUCUUGAUCUUUCAUCCAACCCUACCACGCUCUACGACCUAUCGCCGAAUUCCCCAGACCCAUCUACUACUCUCAACGUUCAUGUCACCCCACACGCGCACAUUCAUACUCACAUAAUCCAAGCAUAUCUUGGGGCAGAAUAGCCAUUUACACCAAUGUCUGCAAUGGGAGAGUCCUUAUUUUCAGUUCAUGCCGGUAGAACACAUAUACAUGGUCAGGAUUUGAGUCCGUACACACCCGUUUCCUCAUUUAACUUGCCCAUCCACUACGACUCGUCUCUAAUAACGCCCGUAUCUCUGACACAAUCUCCACCCAUCUCUACCACAUCAGGACUCCCGGUACAAAAGGAUUUAGACAUCGACUUGUCACCGACGGGGAUGUCGCCCAACUAUCCUUUCUUGGGACCUGAUGAGGAAUAUAGCAACAGAGAGUAUCGGCCUCGAAGUUCAAUGAAGCCUAAGGAUCCCAACUGUGCACUUCAUGUCUCCACCGCGGACAGUUCUUUCUCGACCACGCCAGCGGUUUGCUGCUCGCCAUAUUUUGGGUCGUUUGGUGUUUCAGCAAUGCCUGUUUCUGCUUCAGAAUCAUCCCCGAGCAUGAAUUCCAGCUCCAAUAUGAACUCUGUCAGUGGCCUUAAUAUCGAUGGCCAACAAUCCCGACACAACACACCUCCUCGGGUUAAUCAGGGCUACAGAGGGCCCAAUCAGACCCCUAUCCUCCUCUCAACACCGAACCCGCUGUCGUUGCGGCCAGUUAUCAAGCAAGAGGAUGAUUGCUACCAUCAGAAUUAUAUUAGGCCAAAUUCCCCAGGCUCCGCAACAACAGUCCAUACGGCAUUUCCUGAAACCAUAGGGCCUUUAGCACCUCGACGCAAAAGGAAAGCUGGAAGGGACUCUCAAGAUGGAGAGAUUGUUCUAUCAGGCGAUAUGAGCUCCGAAGAGAAGGUUCUAAUACAGCUCACGGAGAAAGAGAACCUCCCGUGGAAGGAGGUGGCCAUCAGAUUCAAGGAGCAAACUGGAAAGACAAUGAAAGUGCCAGCUCUACAGAUGAGGAAAAAGAGAUUGGUCGAACGACUGCGUGUUUGGACACGCUCCGAGGAACAGGCGCUGACUCUGGCUUGGGAGGAAUACGAUAAGGCAAAAUGGGAGACCAUCGCCAACAACAUGCCCAAGUACGGCUGCGCCGAGAAGUGGCCCAAGGAGUUAGUGCAAAAAAAGUGGCACGAGAUGUAUCCCGAUGAUGCGUCUUACAUUCCCGAGUACGAAAUCAGGUGGGGCAUGAGCCAGAGAGAUUGGUCGGACGGAGGGGAGAGUAGAGGCCACAGCUUGCACGAUGGUGACACCACGGCCCAAAUUUCUGCCAUUACCACACCCCCGAUCAUGGAACAUGCUAGGAGCAGAACGGCAAGUGAUGUCAGUUCGGAUUCGCAUUCGCAUUUGCAGUUUCAACAACCGCAGCAGCAUAUGACUUUCGAGACCCAGCAGCAGCAGCAACAGCAACAGCAGCAACAGGCAGCCUGGGCGUCGGGAAAUUAAUGAUUUUCUUUCAUCACUAAUUUGAAGAUAUUUACGAAAUUGCGGAUAUGGGAUUCAUCGCACUGGGGCUUUCUGGGAUGGACUACGGAAAGUGCUGUAGACGCAUCUUUGCUGGGCUGAAGUUUGCAUACAUUUCCUUUGUAUUAGUAUUGCGAGCGCACGUAUCAGAUACCACGUUUUCUUGCUCAAUCCAUUCAAUGCCUCGGGAGGCAAUCAUCACCACCCCAGCAAUGUCCCAAAGAAUGGUACCUGAGGCGAGCAUCGGCGUUCUGGCCCUGCCUUGUAAAAGGGGGAUUGCCGGUGAUUGAAUCAAAACAUGGUGACAUGUCACACAGGAACGUUCUUGCAGAGCGGCUACCUACCUACUUCAUUAGGCAUCGAGUCCAAGCUUCGGGACGGUAGAAGCGAUUCCAAAAGCCAUGGAGAAGGGGUCUGAAAGAU